AUGACUGCAGAACUGAAAGAGGCCAUGGCCCUAGCACCUUGGGCCCCAGUGAAGGUGAAAAAGGAAGAGGAAGAGGAUGAAAAUUUUCCAAGUCAGGCAUCCGGCCAACAAGUGCACACUGAGAACAUCAAGCGGAUCCACACGGGGGAGAAGCCCUUUGAGUGUCAUGAGUGCGGGAAGGCCUUCAUUCAGAGCGCAAACCUUGUGGUGCAUCAGAGAAUCCACACUGGACAGAAACCGUAUUUGUGUGCAAAAUGUGGGAAAGCUUUCACACAGAGUUCUAAUCUGACUGUACACCAGAAGAUCCACUCCUUAGAAAAAACCUUCAAGUGCAGUGAAUGUGAGAAAGCCUUUAGUUACAGCUCGCAACUAGCCCGGCACCAGAAGGUCCACAUUACUGAAAAAUGUUACGAGUGCAAUGAAUGUGGGAAAACGUUUACUCGGAGCUCAAACCUUAUUGUCCACCAGAGAAUCCACACUGGGGAGAAGCCCUUUGCCUGUAAUGACUGUGGCAAAGCCUUCACUCAGAGUGCAAAUCUUAUCGUGCAUCAGCGAAGCCAUACUGGUGAGAAGCCAUAUGAGUGCAAAGAGUGUGGAAAAGCCUUCAGUUGCUUUUCACAUCUCAUCGUACACCAGAGAAUCUACACUGCAGAGAAACCGUAUGACUGCAGUGAGUGUGGGAAAGCCUUCAGUCAGCUCUCUUGCCUUAUUGUCCACCAGAGAAUCCAUAGUGGGGACCUUCCAUACGUGUGUAAUGAGUGUGGGAAGGCCUUCACAUGUAGCUCAUACCUACUUAUUCACCAGAGAAUCCACAACGGUGAAAAACCUUAUGCAUGUCAUGAGUGUGGCAAGGCCUUCAGGCAAAGAUCGAGCCUCACUGUGCACCAGAGGACCCACACUGGGGAGAAGCCCUAUGAGUGUGAGAAAUGUGGUGCGGCUUUCAUUUCUAACUCACACCUCAUGCGACACCACAGAACCCAUCUUGUGGAAUGACACCAAGGAAGAGGAAGACCUCCAGCCAUCCGUCAUCACCUGCUAACCCCCGAAUUAGACACCAGGUUGCCAUUUUCUUUGAGUUUUAUAAGAAUGAGCCCGAUGUCCUUCAGAGUUUUUAGCACAAACACAAGAUAAUCAUUUCAGAGGUUAAAGAAUGGAAACAGCCCCUCAAGGCAAGGGAAGAACUUUAACUGCCCUAAGCAGUCAUGUUUUCUAAUGAAAUGUGGCUUUCUUAGGACUAGGUCAUAUAAAGCUAACUGGUAAUGAGCCUAUUUGGGGAAAGCUCUUGUUUACUUAAUUUUGUUUUUUAAAACUGGUAAUUGCUUGAGGGAUAGGCAGAUUGUCAGCCUGGUUGAAUUCUGGAGAUUUGAACCUUUUGAUCUAAUAUUUCAGGUUAAGCGAUAGGUAGUAAAGGAAACCACUUGGGGUAGCAAUUCAGCAGCUCACCGGUGAACAUUUACAAGCUUUCCAUUUCCUAGGUAAUUUUUAAGAAACCAAUCAAAGCAAAAUAAAACACCAUCUGCUGCUUCUAAAGUGGACAGAAAUAGGAAAUAGCCUUUUCCCUUAUUAGCUAUACCUCCUGAACCUUGGGAUUGUAACGCUCUGGGGACCUCUGGCAAGUCUAUUCUGAUCAUUCCCCAGUCUGCUAGGCCAAGUGCUUGAGGCUUAAUGGAGUCACUACAUACCAGCUACAUUGAUUUGUGAAGAUUGACAACUCCCUCCCAACAGCUCUACUCCCCAAAUACCUGUCACUUUUGGGUGAGAUGCAACAAUUCCAUUCCGGGAUAGGGGAGUCAAAGAAUAAAGCUUGCCUGAGACAUG